GACAACUCAGGUCAAAAGCUCCCUGGACGCUGCUUGCGGCGCGCAGGUGACUGUGCUUCGGCAGGAGCUCAUCUGGCUUGAGCUGCGCUGCGCGAGCUCGCCUAAGCGAUCUCUAUCAAAGCCUAACGACGCAUAACACUGGAUCAAAACAUUUGUUCCGCUGUGGGUUUCAUCCCCCCGCGCUUGGAUUUUCGAACCAAAAUUUAAACAGAUCGCAUCUCGAUAGGAACUGUCCCGCUCGUGUUCAGUCAACAACUCCAUAGUUUUUAGUGGUGAAAGCGAAGACGGCGACGACGACGAGGGAAGCAAUGCGCCACAACCACGCCGUCGCUGGCGCGCUCGUCGCGGCUCUGCUCGCGUACUUUGACAUCGUCGGCUUUGGGCAAUGUAUCGUCUACUUGUGGCCCUAUUUCGGGCUGCAGUCUUUUCUCAUUCCCGGGUUGAUUCGUUCCAAAUACAAAUCAGCGACUCCCGCCGCGCGGGUGGGCCUGCCGGCGCUGCGCUACGGAUGGUCGCCGUACGAGUUUAUUGGAGGCGAUGACGUCGGGCUUGUUUUCUACCCUGGUGCGGCCGUCGAGGCGGCCGCGUACGCUCCGCUCUGCCGGCGCGUCGCCGAGGAGGCAAAGGCCACUGUAGUACUGGCGCGUCCGCCUCUCCGAUUCGCGAUCACGACGGCCGGCUUUCGUAAACUGACAGCACGGCAUCCUGGCAUCAAGACCUGGGCAGUCGGCGGGCAUUCGCACGGCGGCGGGACCCUCGGCGCUAUGCUCGUGGCCGACGAGGCGUCGCCAGAGGAGGUCCGGGGCCUCGCGAUGCUUGGAGCUAGCCCCAUGGCCUGGGGACGUGAUACGGACCUGUCGACCCGGCGCGACCUAUUGGUCCUGAACGUGCUCGCCAGUGAGGAUGAAAUCUGUUCCCCCAAGAAGGGCGCGGUGCUGAGGUACGGGGGAGGGCUCGUGGAGGAGCAGUUCAAGAAGCUCCCCAAGUCGACGCGGCGCGUGGUCAUCAAGGGCGGGAACCACGCCGGCUUCGGCGACUACGGCAUCCAGGCGUACGACGGCGAGCGGACGAUCUCCCUCGAGGACCAGCAGGCCCAGGUCGCGCGGCACCUCGUGUCGUUCCUCAAGCGCGUCAGGAAGCGCGGGUAGUUCUAGAGUAAUGUGAGAACUCGAGCGUCUCCCGCGACAUCCGACUUCGAC